CAGAUCUGGGUUAAUUAAUCUAAUCUGUUUAUAGAUCAGGAAAUUCGACGCGGAUCGCCAGCGUGGCGGGUGAUUUAUAAACGAACUCGUUCCCUAACCCAACUCAGUUUCCCCAUCAAUCUCCCAAAAAAGCAAAAAUCCCCCAAAUCCGAUUUAGCAGCCAUUUCCGACCCAUUUUCUCUCCAUUUUCAAAUUCCGCUUCCUUGAUUCUUCUCCCUGCUCGUGAUACACAUCAAUGGAUUCCGUAGCGAGGUCAGAAACUACGGCGGCGACACCGAAGGGCGCCGGCGGGAGACGAGGAGGGGGCAAUCGGAAGAAGGCGGUUUCCAAAUCGGCGAGGGCCGGGCUCCAGUUCCCCGUCGGCCGUGUUUUCCGGUUCCUGAAGAAAGGCCGUUACGCCCAGAGGUACGGCGCUGGAUCUCCGAUCUACCUCGCUGCCGUUCUCGAGUAUCUUGCCGCCGAGGUUCUGGAACUGGCUGGGAAUGCGGCGAGGGACAACAAGAAGAACAGGAUAAACCCGAGGCACCUUCUUCUGGCGGUGAGGAACGAUGAGGAGCUGGGGAAGCUGCUGCAAGGAGUCACCAUUGCUAGUGGAGGUGUUCUUCCCAAUAUCAAUCCAGUCCUCCUGCCCAAGAAGAAGAUCUCCGAAAGUUCCUCUGCAUCGGAGCCGAAAUCCCCAAAGAAGAAGGGCGCUUCAAAAGCUGAAUGAAAAUCCAUAGUUAGAUUUUGUUCCCGUGUAAUUGAAUGAGCGAACGAUUGUAGUAGUUAAAAUUGUCAGCCAUGGCAGUGAAAAUUUGCAGUAGCACUAGUUCUUAGGUCAUAUAUAAUAUAUAGAUCAAUUAGUUGCUCUCUUCUUGUUCAAGUACUCUGUAGCUAAAGUUGAUAAUGGAAAAAUCAUCCCUUUGUUGAGUUCUCUACUUCAUUCUCAAUUGCAUUUCAUCGUGGGCUGAAAAAGAUGGCCUGAUGCUUAAUCCCGUGGGCCACGCAAGGGGCCCAAAAGGCAAUAAGUGUUUGUGUUGUCUCCCAAUUCCGAAGCUUCUCGAGGUUCUUUCCGCGCGCGGUGAGAGAUUAAUCGGCGCAAGCAACCAACAGUCGGCACAGUAGCAGAAUGAAUUCACUUCUGAGAAAAGCUACCGGAGAUGCUUUCCGCCGGAUCGCCGCCUUAGCUGCUGGCGCCGGCGGUGGGACGGCUCUCCUUUACGCGGAUGCGAAGUCGGAUUACAGUGCGAGGGUAUCACUUUCGAUACCCGAGGAAUGGCGGCAAUCGCAAUCGGUUCUGUGCCCGGUUCCUUCUUCCGUUUCAGCAGAGUACGGGGAAUUUGGAAAUCUUCUAUUGUUUUCGUCUAGAAUUGGUCCGGUGCCUUCGGCUGGCGCUGAUAAUGGAGGUAGUGAAGAUGUUGGAGAUAAACACAAACCAAAUUGCGGAUGUUUGGGGAGGGAUACUAUUGCCAAUGCAGCUGCUAGGGUUGCUCCAGCUGUUGUCAAUCUUUCUGUUCCACAUGGGUUAUAUGGGUAUCCUGCUGGAAAGAGUAUUGGGUCUGGAACUAUUAUCGACGCUAAUGGUACAAUCUUAACGUGCGCUCAUGUGGUGGUUGAUUAUCGGGGCAUGAGACCUUUGUCUAAGGGAAAGUUAUUUCAGGUUGAUGUCACUUUGCAAGAUGGCAGAACAUUCGAAGGCACAGUUCUGAAUGCAGAUUUACAUUCUGAUAUUGCCAUUGUGAAGAUAGAUUCCAAAACUCCAUUACCAGUAGCAAAACUUGGUUCUUCAUGUAAGCUUCGUCCUGGGGAAUGGGUGUUGGCUACGGGCUGCCCGCUCUCUUUACAAAAUACUGUUACAGUUGGUAUUAUAAGUUGUGUUGAUCGUAAAAGCAGUGACCUGGGUCUUGGAGGAGUUCGACGUGAGUAUCUACAGACAGACUGUGCAAUCAAUGCGGGAAAUUCUGGUGGACCGCUUGUUAACAUUGAUGGAGAAGUCGUCGGAGUCAAUAUCAUGAAAGUAUUGGCUGCAGAUGGACUGAGUUUUGCCGUUCCAAUUGAUUCGGUUGCAAAAAUUAUAGAGCAUUUAAGAAAGAGUGGAAGAGUCGUCCGGCCUUGGAUUGGUUUGAAAAUGAUUGAACUCAAUGACAUGAUCAUCGCUCAACUGAAAGAAAGGGAUGAGAUGUUCCCUGAUGUGGACAGUGGCAUUUUUGUACCUAUGGUUACGCCGGGAUCCCCUGCACACCGUGCCGGAUUUCAACCUGGCGAUGUUCUGAUCCAAUUCGACGGAAGACCCGUUGGGAGUGUCAAGGAGGUGAUCGACAUCAUGGAUGAUAGAGUCAGCGUACCCUUAAAAGCUAUAGUAAAGAGGUCGAAAGACAUGACCGUAACCUUGACUGUCAUCCCAGAAGAAGCAAAUCCACAGAUCUGAAUGCUAAGUUUGGCACCAUCUCUUUUUGUUACCAAUUGAGAAUUGAGUUUGUCGAGGAUUACAAAUUGGUAUGACGAUGGUGCAAGGGAUGUCGGGUACUCCAAUAACCAUUCACACCCGGCAUUGCAUAGAUUACGUCGGAUAGUAUGGCUCAAGGCGUUGGCUCAAGGGCAGCUAGAUAGGAUGAGUUUAGAACAGAGAGGCCUGACAGCUUGUUUGAAUUGAUGAGUUGUUUUUCUGAGUGUUUGUAAUAAUGGAUUGUGCAUUGCAUUGCUUUUCGAAUAGUGAAUACAUAAAUUUGAAGAAUGCAGCGUGGAUGAAUGCUUCUGGUUAUGGAUUCUGAGACGAAAUUUUGACUUGAGAGAUCGAACUUUCACUAAGGGGUCGUUUGGAGAACAGGAUUCAGGAUGUGGAUUUACUGAAUCUGUAGAUUUUAUAGAAAGUUAUGUUUUUUUUGUUGCUUU